AUGAUGAGCUAUUUGAUGAUGAAGAAAAUAAAAUAUCUAUAGCUUACAGAAAAAAUUUUCCAGUAAAAAAGACUAAGAGCAUAUGUUAAUGUUCUCAUAAAUAAGGCUACUAUCAGAAAAGAAGAGUAAGCGAAUGCUGUUGAUAAUGUAAAGUCAAGUGAUUACUACAAGCUAAAGUCGCUAAUUUAUUCUUUCAAAUUUUUCUUCAUACAAACUAAUGAUCUUUGUGAUUUGACUACAGUAUUAGGACUAAUUUUUAUAUUGAGGAAACUUGAAAUAGGAUUCUUUGGAGAUUUAAGCGAUGAGGCUUUUGAAAGAUAUGCUCUAAUGAGUUUUAUUGAAACUGCCUUAGAGUUAAUAUAUACUAUCAUUACUCCUUACUUUAUUAGAAGAUUCACAGUAUAUAAGUAGUUUUAUCCUUCAUUAGGAGGACAGGAUACAUUUUUCAAGAAUAUAGUGCCAUUUACUGGCUUUGUAGUAUUUAUGUUUCCACUAACAUUCAUCAAGUUAUUAUACGAACCUCAAAAUUAAUGA